UUUUCACCAGACUGAGUCCAGAAACCCAAGUCUGCAGGCGAGUGCAAUGCUCAGUGAUACUGAAGCCCAAAACAUGCCGCUGUUUCAGAAUCGCUAUCGUCUCAUUGUCCGCUCGCUCUGUCCCGAUGAGAAACCUCGGAAGGUCAUCGACAGGUUAGAUUUGGGCGGCACGAAGGUCGAGUACCGUCCAUUUGAAGACGAGUUGCAGCAAUCCUACUUGCUGGGGCGCUGUUGGUGGGGCACCUUGCGAGUCUUUCAGGCUUUCUGCUGCGGGCUGUACAAACUCCUCCGCCCGCUGAUCUCUUCCCUAUGCUGCUGCUGUUCCCCUCUCUGCUCAGUUGUGGCCGAGUACUUUAACCGUUGCCCCUUGUUCUGGAGAUACCUUGUGUGUCGAUGUUUCCGGAAUUGCUGGUAUCCGAGAUAUCACAAUCUGUAUGGAGUGUACCACACAAACCUUUAUGGAAGAGGGAACCUUACGGACGUGCGCGACUCUUUUUAUGACAACUUUUUAAAGUACAUGAGAUUGAAAGCUGGAAAAUCAUCCCUGAUAUUUAUUGUUGAUGAUGAGAGAAAUGGGAAAGAGGCAAAGGAACAAAUUGAAGCAGAACAUCCAACACUAAGAAAAUGCUGUGAUAAAAUAUUUGUUUUUGAGCCCCAGAAUCCCAAUGGCCAGAAUGUAUGGAAUCAAGAGGAAAUUCGCAACCUCAACAGAUAUCUGAAUGCAUUACAACAGAAUUAUACUCCAGAGCAUGUUUUAUAGAGUACAAGGAAGUUGAUGAUGCAAUUUUCCACUCUGCUUUCGCAAAAUAGCCAACUUUUAAAUUACCUACUUUUGAACAGUUUUAACUAUUUUAGUUUGGAUAAUCCUGGUAUUUCCAAUUUCUGUACAAUGGAACCAUUUAAUGAAGAAGAUGCCCUUUGGACCAUCAAGUCUACAUUGCCAAAAACUAUUCUAUGACCUACUUUAGUCCCACUUUCCCGUACUAGACCAAUAUCCUUGAACUGUCUGCUUUGGGAUACGUUUGACGUGGGCACUGCCUAACAUUUUUCAGAUGCUACUGGCAAAGUGCUCACUCCCAACCUGCAAUGUCCUUCCCAAAAUGACAUUGACCUGAAUCAUUGCUGUCCAUGUGUUGUUGGAAUACUUAUAUUGUUGUUUGGGAAGAAGUUCAAGAUUUUUGAUCCUGUGACAGUGAAGGAGUAGAAAUAUAAUUCUAAGUUAGAAUGGUGUGUGCCUUGGAGGAGAACAUACAGUUGGGGUGUGAAGAAAAAGAAAGAACAAGGUAUUAUUUGUCUUUAAAUGUUUUCUUUAUUUUAUCUAAAGAUUUUGACAUGUUUCAUUUGCUCAAAACACCGGAUCAGCGGAUCCAGACACUAUACAAUCAACACAAGAAUUCUUAGACAUCAUCAGUAAUAUACACAUAGACAAGGAAGAAACCAUGGUCUCUUUCGAUGUAAUGACACUGUUCACCUCUAUCGCCAAAACCCUAGCCAGAGAAACAAUAGCCAACCUGUUGGAUAUACAGAACAGACAACAGGACGUUGAACCUAUCAACAAAGAUGGCAUACUCUAACUACUGGACCUGUGCCUCACAAUACACUUCACAUUCAACAACCAAAUAUAUGAACAAAUCAACGGCACACCCAUGGGCUCACCCAUCUUUGGACUCAUAGCAGAACCGGUAAUGCAAAGAUUAGAACAAACAGUCUUACCGCAAAUUCAACCCAAACUCUGGGUCAGAUAUGUGGAUGACUCCUUUGUAAUCAUUAAAAACACAGAAAUAGAGAACACACACGGGAUCAUCAACGCCACACUCACAGGAAUGUGAUUCACGAGAGAUGAAGAAAAGGACAACCAACUCCCAUUUCUAGACAUGAUGGUACAGAGAAUACCGAACGGAGAAUUCACCACAAAGAUAUACAGGAAAGCUACACACACAGCCCAAGUCCUGAACUACGAAAGCAACCACCUCAACACACACAAAAGAAGUUGCAUCAAGACACUAUUCAAAAGGGCCACAACACACUGCAGUACACCAGAACUGCAAAAAAAAGGAAGAACACCUAUACAAUGCAUUCGCCAAAAACGGAUACCCACGCAAUUUCAUCAACAGAUGCCCAAGGGAAAGACAACGGAACGAGGACAUGCUGCAGCCCAAAGGACUAGCCACACAACCAUACAUCAAAAGCAUUUCCAACUGAAAGCCAGACUACUGCAACCACUAGGACUCAUAACAGCACACAAACCAACAGCCACUCUCAGACAACAACUCACCAGAACAAAGGGCCCGAUACCCAGCAUGAGCAAAACCAAUGUAGUGUACAAAAUCCCAUGCAAGGACUGCUCAAAACACUACAUAGGACAAACAGGAAGACAUCUAACGAUCCGCAUCCAUGAACACCAACUAGCCACAAAACGACACGACCAGCUAUCCUUAGUAGCCACACACGCAGAUGACAAGCAACAUGAAUUUGACUGGGACAACACUACUAUUAUAGGACAAGCCAAACAGAGAACAGCCAGGAAAUUCCUAGAGGUAUGGCACUCAUCCAUAGAUUCAAUCAAUAAGCACAUCGACCUGGACCCAAUAUAUCAACCACUGCAACAGACAGCUGGAACUGACAACCGGAAGCAGCAGAUUCAAACCACUACAAAUGCCGGAGGAAAGAUCACAGAAGCGCUUCACAGAAGGCUCCAAGCACUGAGGAUGUCACCUAGGUAGGGGACGAAACGUCUGCAACACAAAUUCCCAGCUCGGCGAACAGAACCACAACAAUUGUUUUCCCUUGAUGUGAAGCGUUGGUAAUUUUAUGAAAAUGCUGUAAAACUGAAACAUAAUUAUUAAAAAUCAAAUGUGUUCAUGCAUUAGUAAAAAGAAACAAAUGAGGUAACUGAAGUAAACCUGUACCAUGGGUGGGUAAGGCUGUGAUGGGUUAGGUGUAAGGGGCCUUAGAUGUUAGGCCUUUGAUGUUUUUACUAACACCAAAAUACUCCUCCUGUACAUAAGCUCUUUGUACUGAUUAUUGGCUAUUUUUUGUUUGAUGUUCAAUAAACCUGUCCAACUGUUUACAA